GGCGACCGAGAGAUUGCAGAAAGAAAGAGACGAGUUCUUCAGCUCUCCUUUGUUUUGCAUCUCUGCACUUGCUCUGCUUUCAGGAGCAAGAACUCAAGCCAACUCUUCCAGCUUCGCUGAGAAACCAGUAACCAAACGCAAUGGACGUUGCAACAGCCGCAGACAAGAGGGGACCCCCCAGGUUCAAGCAGAGGGCCGCCCGCGUCUUCAAGAGCAAGGCCCCCAGGCCUGGCCAGAAGGGGUUUGGCGAUGACAUCCCAGGAAUGGAGGGGCUUGGAACAGACUUCACAGUGGUCUGCCCAUGGGAGGCGUUUGGUGACAUGGAGCUCAGUGAUCUGGCUAAAUACGGAAUUGUGUAGUCUCCCUCCCUCUCUUUCCUUCACCCGCCCCCCAUUCUCCACCCCUAUGGCUGCCUCCUCUCCGAUGGGGCUAGCCAUGCCCUGCCACAGCUGAACGGCACCACCAGUUAGCGAGAAUGCAGUCGCCUGCUCCGCCAAUGAUCAGACCAUCACCGAGCAAGCAUGGAGGACAGCAACCGUCAAUGCAAUGUCUAUUGUCUACAUCAGAAAGUAGAAAGUGAAUUCGGCUGAAAUGGACAACCCUUCCUUCACCCCCCAACCCUCCCUCGAGGAAUGGCCGAUAGCAAACGCAGGGAAGGUCUACUUGAACAUCUGUACAGUACCUUUGAUGCUGCCCCUAGUGGUCAAGUAGAGCAAUAAAGUCUAUCCUAAAGGCA